CGAAACAGAGAAAGGAUGAUGAUCUCAGCGGCGUCAUCCCCCAGCGGUCUCCUCCUCCGCCCGACCAAACCAACGCCACCACCACCGCUGCUCCCCUCCGCCGCCGCCUUCUCCUACCAGCCAUCCCGCUCCCUCCAACGCCGCCGGGUCAGAUCCCGCGGGCCGGAGGACUUGACGGCCGCAGGAGCGAGAGCGGUCGCCUCCUCUUCCAUGGAGGCAGCGCAGCCUCCUCAGCCCCAGGCCGGCGGUGGCGGGGAGGGGCAGGCGCAGGGGGCCAUGAAGCUGCUGUUCGUGGAGAUGGGCGUCGGCUACGACCAGCACGGACAGGACAUCACCGCCGCUGCCGUGCGCGCCUGCAAGGACGCCAUCACCUCCAACUCCAUCCCCGCCUUCCGCAGUGGGUCCAUUCCUGGGGUGAACACUGAGCAGAUGAAGCUACAGAUCAAGCUUGGGGUGCCGAGGCCAACGCAGCACUUGCUGGACGUCGAGAGAGUCAAGGCCGUCUUCCCCUAUGGCAAAAUUAUCAGCUUUGAGGUAGUAGACGGCGGGAUGAUCUGUUCAAGUGGAGUAUGCCUAGAAGCAAUGGGCGAUAAAAACGAUGAUUGCUACAUAGUGAACGCUGCGGUUUAUGUUGGCUACUAAUGUUACCGUUGCUAGAAUAAUUGUUGUUCGUUGGAACAGUUAAAAAAAAGAAGAAAACCUUCUAUGUAAUAUAAGCAUGUCUUUAGUGUUCUGAAACCAUCUUUCCUGCACGUGUAUAAAAUCAUUUUUACUCCAUUCCUUCCCUUGAACUUCUCACAGCUUACUGUGCUGAUAAAUGAAUAUAUCUUGCAUC